AUGCGAGCUUUAAGGAUAUGGGCGACGCACCAAUUGAGGUCCNNNNUACCAGCUUCUCACAUGGCUAGCCCGCUACUAGACCGGAACCAGGAGGCGUACGGUGCGUUUAUGCAUCACAUAAAGAGGUUGCCCAUGGCCGAUGGAAUCAUGAUCAACACGUUUGAGCUGCUGGAGAAGAGGGCGGUUCAGGCGCUCGUUGAUGGGCUCUGUUUGCCAAUGGGUGGGAGAAUGCCGCCCCUUUAUUGCAUAGGUCCCUUGGUUUCUGGCGGAGAUGGAGAGAAAGGGCCUGCGGGGAGCGUGGUGUUGUUGUGCUUCGGGAGUAUGGGUUCCUUCUCGGCGGAGCAGCUCAAAGAGAUUGCUAUAGGAUUGGAGAGAAGCGGCAGGUUUCUAUGGGUUGUUAGGAGCCCGCCUAGCAAUGAUCCAGCAAAAAGCCUCGAGCCAAGGCAGGAGCCGGAUCUGGGAGUGCUGAUGCCGGAUAUGUUUUUAGAGAGAACUGAGGGGAGAGGGCUGGUGGUGAAGUCAUGGGCACCGCAGGCUGCAGUGCUGGGGCACAAGUCGGUGGGUGGGUUUGUGAGUCACUGCGGGUGGAAUUCGACAUUGGAGGCGGUGACUGCUGGGGUGCCGAUUAUAGCGUGGCCAUUGUACGCGGAGCAGAAGAUGAAUAAGGUGUUCUUGGUGGAGGAGGCGAAGAUAGCAGUGGAGAUGAAAGGGUACGAUAGGGAGAUGGUGAGUGCUGAAGAGGUCGAGACCAAGGUGAUAAUUCUUUCAUCUUCUGAUGCCUCCACCAUCCCUCAUCCCCUAUUUCCUCUCAUUUGUAUGGCGUCUGAGAUUGAGAGGCUCACGGAGGAGUUGAUUCUGACUAUCAGUGGCCCUAAGGAAGAGAACAAAAUACUUCGUCAGCUAGUAGAGGUGUUGCUGGUUAAGAAGGUAGAAGAUGAGUUGUGGGAUGUCGAGUAUAGGAUUAGCAAAUUGUUUGCCUCCAUAAAGCGCUACAAGCAUCAUAUCCAGCACUUGGGAGGGAGACUUACCAACCUCUCCUUUGAUGAGAAUGAUGGUGGGGGAGUUGUAUCUCUGUAUAAUUUCAAUUCCUCUUUUCCAUUUCUUCACUAUGGUCUUGAUGAUGUCAUCUUUUGGUGCGAGUUCUACCAAGAAGAUCAGUUCUCCACUGUAGGCAACUCUAAUGGUGAAGCUAAAUUGGAGAAGAUACUAAUGGAUAGUGAGGAGCUCUGUGAUAUUGUUACUAGUUUGAUGCAUGAAUUGGAUAAGACCAAUAAAAAGUUAGAUAAGAUUGAGAAAGAGUUGGAGGAGGUCAAGCUGCAUACAAUACCCUGA